GACCAGGCGGCGGUAGCAGCCGCUCUGCUGAGGUGACAAUGUGCUAGGACCCCGCGCUAGGUUUCCUGCGCCUCUUCGGCCUCCGCGCCUGCUCUCGCUGCGCUCACGGAGUCCUCUAGCCCGCCGCUGCGCUAUGAGGGCGCCUCUCCGGGGCUGGCCGAGGCCGGAGCCCGCUCGCUCUGCUUGCGGGGAAGUGUGAAGCGAGGCGCAGGCGGGAUCUGGGCUGCGCGCGGCACUCGCGGGCCGGCCCGGGUUCCAGGUGAGCGCGGGCUCGGCGCGCCCGGCACUCAGCGCUGCUGGCGGGUGCCUGCCUGGCUGGGUUGGAGGCUGAAUUUCGUCCGUGGACCGUCGUUCCCUCUUCGCGGGAUCCUUGGCCACGACAGCAGAUGCAUUUUGUAGGAGUAUUUUGAGGACGAAUGUUUGCAAAUCAUUUUGAUAUUGCCAAGCACCACAUAUAUGGGAUGCAUUUUGCUUUUAUGCUGGAGUUCACCUCUGUGGCUUGGAUUUAUCACAGUAGCAUCUGUCUUCAGUCUAUUUGUUAACUAGAAAUCAAGGAAAGACAUGAGGAGGUUUGUUUACUGCAAGGUGGUUCUUGCCACUUCGUUGAUGUGGGUUCUGGUUGACGUCUUCUUGCUCCUGUACUUCAGUGAAUGUAACAAAUGUGAUGACAAGAAGGAGAGAUCCCUGCUCCCUGCUCUCAGGGCUGUUAUUUCAAGAAGCCAAGAAGGACCAGGAGAAAUGGGAAAGGCUGUGCUGAUUCCUAAAGAUGACCAGGAGAAAAUGAAAGAACUGUUUAAAAUCAAUCAGUUUAACCUUAUGGCCAGUGAUUUGAUUGCCCUUAACAGAAGUCUGCCGGAUGUAAGAUUAGAAGGAUGCAAGACGAAGGUCUACCCUGAUGAACUUCCAAACACAAGUGUAGUCAUUGUGUUUCAUAAUGAAGCUUGGAGCACCCUCCUUCGAACUGUUUACAGUGUUAUUAAUCGUUCCCCACACUAUUUACUUUCUGAGGUCAUCUUGGUAGAUGAUGCCAGUGAAAGAGAUUUUCUCAAGUUGACAUUAGAGAACUAUGUGAAAAAUUUAGACGUGCCAGUAAAAAUUAUCAGAAUGGAGGAGCGCUCCGGGUUAAUACGGGCCCGCCUUCGGGGAGCAGCUGCUUCCAACGGGCAGGUCGUCACUUUUCUCGAUGCACACUGUGAAUGUACCGUAGGGUGGCUGGAGCCCUUGCUGGCAAGAAUCAAGGAAGACAGGAAAACAGUUGUAUGCCCCAUCAUUGAUGUGAUUAGUGAUGAUACCUUUGAAUAUAUGGCUGGGUCAGACAUGACUUAUGGGGGUUUUAACUGGAAACUGAAUUUUCGUUGGUAUCCUGUUCCCCAAAGAGAAAUGGAUAGAAGGAAAGGCGACAGAACAUUACCUGUCAGGACCCCUACUAUGGCUGGUGGCCUAUUUUCUAUUGACAGAAACUACUUUGAAGAGAUAGGAACUUACGAUGCAGGAAUGGAUAUCUGGGGUGGAGAGAAUCUUGAAAUGUCUUUUAGGAUUUGGCAAUGUGGAGGCUCAUUGGAGAUUGUGACUUGCUCCCAUGUGGGUCACGUUUUCCGGAAGGCAACUCCAUACACUUUUCCUGGUGGCACUGGUCAUGUCAUCAACAAGAACAACAGGAGACUGGCAGAAGUGUGGAUGGAUGAAUUUAAAGAUUUCUUCUACAUAAUAUCUCCAGGUGUUGUCAAAGUGGAUUAUGGAGAUGUGUCAGUCAGAAAAACACUAAGAGAAAAUCUGAAGUGUAAGCCUUUUUCUUGGUACCUUGAGAACAUCUAUCCGGACUCCCAGAUCCCAAGACGUUAUUACUCACUUGGUGAGAUAAGAAAUGUUGAGACUAAUCAAUGUUUAGACAACAUGGGCCGCAAGGAAAAUGAAAAAGUGGGCAUAUUCAACUGUCAUGGGAUGGGAGGCAAUCAGGUGUUUUCUUACACUGCUGACAAAGAAAUCCGAACUGAUGACUUGUGCUUGGAUGUUUCAAGACUCAAUGGACCUGUAAUCAUGUUAAAAUGCCACCAUAUGAGAGGAAAUCAGUUAUGGGAAUAUGAUGCCGAGAGACUCACCUUGAGACAUGUGAAUAGUAACCAGUGUCUCGAUGAACCUUCAGAAGAAGACAAAAUGGUGCCUACCAUGCAGGACUGUAGUGGAAGCAGGUCCCAGCAGUGGCUGCUAAGAAACAUGACUUUGGGGGCAUGAAGACCGUUUGCCCCAAGCCAUUCAAGUGUCUACACUUUUGUUUUUCCAUUGUUUCAAUUAAAAAAAAAUAUUAACUUUGCUGAAUUGAAAGUUUUAAAAUCCUUUUAGUAUUCUAAAACACAGUUGUUUAUAAUUCAUUUUUAGGAAUGUUUGCUUAUUUCCCUACAAAAAUUUGUAUCUGAUCAAAAGCACAUAAAAUAUAUAAAUAACAGCAAACUGUUAUUAAACAUCUGAAAAAUUUAAAAAACAAAGUGUUUGCCUUUAAAAUUUUUUUAUUGCCCUCAUGUUACAGGAUUAGUUGGGAUGAGGGGGCAUGUUUUUAUUUUUUAUUUUCAUAGUGAUUGAAAGAGAUGAUGUAUAUGCCUUAUUAAAUAUCUUCAUUAUGAAAUAGUAUAAUUUUGUAAACUCACUCUGUUUCUACUGGGCCUUCAUGGAAACAUGUUGAAUUUCUCUGUCAACAGCAGGCCACACACUGAAUUAUUUCUGAGCAAUGAAUUCAUCAUACAAAUAAGUUCCGAGUUUUGUACAGAAAAAAAUUAAACUGCAUAUUGACUUUCAGAAUUCUUAUAAAAGCAUCACAUUUAAACAAAAAAAGAAAAGAAAGAAGAAUUUGAAAAUUCAAUUUAAAGGUCAUGAAAUCAGAAGAAACAAUGUAGGUGUUGAAGGUAGCAAGAUGAGUGAGGUUAAACUGCAACAAUGGAAUCAUUUUAAAGGAUUGUUUAGGUUGCAAUCAGUCCUUACUGAGGC